AUGCUGGAAUUCAUGGACUACAUCCAGCUCGCCUUUUCUGAGGCGACCAACUGGAACCGCGAUAAUUCGUACUUGUCAUUGACUACCACAACACAGUCAAUCCUCGAUUUUUCGACUCCAGAGCGACUGCGUGUACAUUUGUCAUCGCUUUCGACACCCAAUUUUGGAACCAGCUAUUCACUUGGUACAGUGGGAUUACUCGAUGGAUCCGUAUCUUACCUCUUCAGUACGGUGCCCUUCCACAAUACUCCUAGCCGAAGUGCCUUGAUCCCUCUUCGGAAGAUUUCUCCUGGCUACCGACAUGUCAAAGCGCCUGUGGCUCCGGUACAAGCCUGGGGAUGGGAUUCUCUUCUAGAUGGAGUCAAUAUCCCCGGAAUCACAGACGUCCCGAAGCGCAAGGAGGAUGACCAUACCCCAGAUGAAGCGGUCCAGCGGAAGGCGACACUUCUUCAUGCGUCUUUACACCUCCCAUCUCCGACAACUUUGAAUGCGCUCUUCCUGCGGAGAAUCUCUCCGACGAUGCAGCUAUGCCUAGCCGUCUGCUCUACCCAGGGACCGCCAUUAUCUAAAUCCGCGCCGCAGGCAUCAAUGCUGGCCCAAUUGUCCCAUGAUACAGGAAAGUACUGCAACGAGUAUCUUUUCAGCACAGACAAUGCUCUCUUUGGCUGGCGAGGACUAUGGAACUUUGGCCCCGAUCCUAGAACCCCUCGUCCCAAUGCCUCGCCUGCGCUGUCCCUACUUUCUAUGGGUGCGGAAGCGUAUUACUCUCCCACCUCAUCGUUAGUAGGCAUGUCCACUGGCUUACGAUUCACCACACUCCCCGCCGCAACUCAGGUGCCUUCAUCCUCCUUCUCAUCCAGCCUCCCCACACCCAUAUCUACAUUCCCCUACACGUUAACCCUCACUUUGACACCCAUUACUGGCUCUCUUUCAGCAACCUACUCUCUGAGUGCUUCGCCAAACCUUGCAUUUAGCUCCCGUUUCGGGUUCAAUGUCUAUAGUUGGGAAAGUGAAAUGGUUGCGGGCUGCGAGCUCUGGCGCCGAAGCAACAAAUCCACUUUCUCUGCGGACGAUGACAUCGAAUGGGCCCGCCGCAAGAUGCGUCUGCAUGAUUUCUCCGCUUCCCUCCCGGGUUCUCCGCCAACCUCUCCACUCGGCUCCGACCCGGUUCAACCCGAAACCUUUAAGUCGGAUGAUGGAAGUGAUGUCGAGGCUGGUGACUCGGUAAUUAAGCUCCGUGUUGACCAGUCUUGGAACAUGCGUCUGCUCUGGGAAGGUCGUGUAAAGGAGCUUUUGGUCAGUGCGGGUGUCGGGCUAGGCCCGGGAUCAUUUUCAGUGGCCCCGAACGCCUCUUCAUCGGGUGGGUCAGUGCCCGGAGGUGGGCCAUCGUACUGGCGCGGGGUGGGAGUUUCAGUGAUGUACUCUUCGUGA